AUGCCGGAUGAUAGUGAAGCACCGAUUGCUUUUGGCUCCAGAACAUUACAGGGCGCGGAACGAAAUUAUUCACAGUUGGAUAAAGAAGCGCUAGCGAUUAUGUUUGGUGUGCAAAAGUUUCAUCAAUUUUUAAGUGGUAGACAAUUUACAAUAAUGACUGAUCAUAAACCACUAGUGGGGUUAUUCAACCCAGAAAAACCAAUAUCACAGCAUAUAUCACCCAGAAUGUUAAGGUGGUCGUUAAAGUUAGGCGCUUACCAGUACGAGAUUAAAUUCCGAGAAGGGAAACAUCACCAGAAUGCAGAUGCAUUGAGCCGGUUACCUUUAAAUGAUGUAAAGCUACAAAUACCGGAAAUACCUGAAAUAUUAUAUUGCAAUGAGGCUGAGGAACAGUUUUUAAUCACUGCGAAAGACAUUGCACAAGCAACCAGAAGAGAUCCAGUACUAUCAAAAGUAAUGUGGCAUAUCCAAAGGAAAGAUACAGUUUUGCCAUAUAAAUUAAUCCAGUUUAAACCGUUUGUGAAUAAAAUCCAGGAACUAUCAGUGAAUGCACAAUGUUUGUUAUGGGGAGCCAGGGUAAUAAUACCAGCAAUGCUACGUCCCAGAAUACUUAAGAUGUUGCACGAAGGCAUGUCGGCAAUGAAAGCAGUUGCGCGAAGCUAUUUUUGGUGGCCUGGUUUAGAUGAAAAUAUAGAAAUGUUAGCCAGACGUUGUGAAAAGUGUGCAUGUAACAAAAAGAAUCCUUCAGUAGCGGCAGGUAAACCAUGGCCAGCAACGCUAAGGCCAUGGUCCCGGUUACAUAUUGAUUAUGCGGGACCCUUUAUGGGUACAAAUUUUUUUAUCGUCGUAGAUGCUCAUAGCAAGUGGGUAGAGGUAAAAAUAACCAGUACAAUAAAUGCGAUUAGAACAAUCGAGUUAAUGAGAGAAAUAUUUGCAACACACGGAAUACCAGAUACCAUUGUGUCCGAUAAUGGGCGAACGUUUGUGUCAGAAGAAUUUGAGAAAUAUUUAAAACUUAGCGGUAUAAAGCACAUACGUACGGCACCGUAUCAUCCAUCGUCAAACGGGCAAGCAGAAAGGUUUUAA